AUGGCAUCUCAAACACAUUCCUCCAUAUUUGACCCACUCAACGCCACAGAUGAUGUCUCCGACCAUAACAACAAUGGAACUAGUUUGAAUGUGAAAGUCCAAGAAAGCAUGACUCUCACCUGGCAUGUAGAACGUGAAGGACAGCCAGCACCAAGCACCGCAGAUUCUGGAAUCACCACGAAACGCAAAGGCCCUGGUCGUCCAAAGAAGAAGAAAUCUGACGAGACUGGCGCACCUGCUCAGGAUCUUCCACCCACCGCUCCACAAGUAACUUAUUAUCUUUCAAUUUUCUCCGAGGUGGAACUUCGGAAAGCCAAGAAGCAACGAAAAUCAAUCAAUUCUUUCUUGCAACAAGCAGCCGACCUCCCAUUUGACACACUGAAGGCCCAAUUACUUGCUCAGAUCUCGGCGAAACUCAACCCCAACAAGAUCUCAUAUGACAACUACGACAUUACCUGGACAGUGCCACAAAUUCAGCCAUCUCCGCUAGCCCUGGUGUCAGAUGGUGAUUAUACUUUUCUGCUACAGCAUGCCCUCAAACACAAAGAGCCGCAAGCAAGUAUCACCAUUAAGGCUCGCUCGAACAAAAAAUCAGACAAAAAAAGACGGAGCAAGGGAAACCAUCAUGAUGCAGAUGCAGAUACGAGCUCUGAAGAGGAUGUCCCAGAUUCUGACGAGAGUGACAAUGAUCGACGGCCAAAAAAGAAGGUCAAGAAGAUGUCUGGAAAAGACAAGCUCAAGGCACUAGAGACGAGCUUGAACACAAAGAUCAACACCAAGAUUCAACAACUUCGUGACCGGUGGAUGUGUUCGAAGCCUGGAUGUACGAGCGAGUUCUGCUUUAUCCACCCCGAGUAUCCUGAGCAUUUUCAACUCGGACACAAGCAUUUGUCUGUGUGGGCUGCUGCAUGGAACAAAGACGAAGCCCAAGCAGAUCUCAAAACUCCGCCCAACUACACCAAGUUCAAUGCACUCCCAGGACAAAAGGGUGCUCCCUCCCUUCUUCAGUGUCGGCUUGCUGAAUGUGCACAGCCUGGAAACCAAUCUGCUCUGGCUGUCAUAAAUCAUUUUGUGCUCCCGUGGACAUCGUACCUCGGUCCAUACCUCCUGUAG